AUGAAGGGCCCUGAUGCAGAGCAAGAGGUGAAGGGAGAAGGUGCUGCUGGGCCUUCCACCACUGAAACAAAGGAGACAGAGGGCGAGUCACCGAUGGACAGGGCAGGAGCUCUGCCUGACCCUGCAGGUGGAUCCCCUAGCCCUGCUGAGACACAGAAGGAGGAAGAGGGAUCCUCACUGCUGGGGGAUGUCACAGCCCCAGAGAACCACACAGAGCCCUCGGCUCAGCACGGGGCUGGCGACUCUGCUGAGGUGGCGUCCCUGCUGAGGAAGAAAGGGAAGAAGACCAAAGCAAAGAAGUCCAUCUCUGAGGAACAGGACUCUCUGCCUCCUCAAGGCACAGCACCAGCUCAGCCCACAGAGCUGCCUGACACAGGUGCUGCUCCUCCAGAAACCCAACCCCCCGGCGGUGAGGGGGCAGACCCAGGUGCUGAUGGACGUGCUGAAGCCGGUGGAGACACACCUGGAGGCGACAGGGAUUUGGCCCAGCUGGGGAAGGGAGCUGGCAGCCUGGAAGCAGAGGGGCUGAGCCCUGCAGAGCAGAGCAGCACUGCCAGGGGGGCUGCCACAGCCCCGGGGGACAAGGUGGGGGAUGCCCGGGGAGCCCCCCAAAGCAAGGCCGAGCCCAAGGCCUCCCCUGGGGCUCCGAGCCCGCCGGCUGGGAAGGAGCCCAAGCAGAAAGGGACCAGUUCCACUGCCAAGAAUGCAAACACAAAAGAGAAAAAUCAGACCCCAGGUGAGAAAAUGCCCAACAUGAGUGAGAAGACAAAUCUGAACCAAGGAACCAAGGCUGCCAGGAAGGAGAGUGCUGUGGCUGCUGCAGACAGCUCCAAGAACAAAAAGGAGCAAAAGAACCAGAAACAGGUGGAAAAUAUUAAAGAGAGUUCUGUGAGCCGCACUGAGGGUGUCACAGUGUAUUUCCAUGCAAUACUUUCCAAAGACUUCAAGCUCAACCCUGAUACUGAUAAAGUGUUCAUCAGGGCCCAGGGCAUUCCUUCCUACGCCAGCUGGAAGGACAACAUCUGUGAGCUGAACUGCACCAGGGACCUGGGAGAACAUGGAUACCUCAUUGAAGGCGCUGUAACUCUCAGCAGAGAAAUCCUGGAUAAAUACAUUCCUUACAAGUACUGGGUGUCCUGUGGGAAGGGGGAUUAUGAGUUCAUCUACAAGAAGUCAGAAUCCAAUCAACCCGUGAAUCGCUGCUUGCUGAUAAACAGGUCCCUUCUCAACAAUGGGGAGUGGCACCAGUAUGAUGACAUUGUGUGUGCAAGGCCUUCCAAGCUCAAAAACUUCUGGCAGAUCUUUACUUUUGAUAAAACCAAGGAAGUGGUGGAAGGGAAGAAAAUAGCUGCCAAUAUUAUGCUAGAAAGUAUCUUCAGCAUUCUUGGAACCUGGAGUCCUGACAAUCUGAGGAAUUUCUUCUGCCAGCUGAAGCAGUUCCAUAACGUUGCAGGAGCCCAGCGAGUGUUUGAUGGCAAGGAAACGGUGUGGAGAGAGUUAAACUUCAGCACAGAGCAGGUGAAUGAUUUGCUGCUAAAAUACAUGAAGAAAAUAGCUGCCCCUUUCCUUGCACCAGAAGCAGCUCCAGAGGACAGAAUCAUCCAAAGCAAGCUGGCUCUGGGGCUCACCAUUGUUGUGGUAGUUGAGAACUAUUCAUUCUCAGUACCUAAAAGUGACCUGGCCGACCUGUGCAGCCUCCUGUGCUUGGAUCAGGUGUCACCACAAGCUGUACAGGAUGAGAUCCAUCACAUCAAACAGGCUUUUGCAGGAGUUACCAGCUUGAAGGUCGACCUGACAAGCUUGUGCCAGAGGUGCCUUGAGUGUAACGUGGAGCAGUGGGUGUGGGUCCUUCCCCUUCUGCAUUCCUUUGCUGCUCCCCUGCAGCAGGAGCACGGGCUGCUGGAGGAGGACACCUGGGCAGGGCUGGAAGGGCUUCCAUUUGCUGAAAUCAGGAGGAAGCAACAUGGAGAGACCCUGCUGGCACGAAUGAGAGAAAAGAAGCACCUGAUGGAAUUUGAUGGGACUCUGGUCAAGUCCUGGCUCUGUGUGCUGCCCCUGGAGAGCCUGGCUGAGUUCAUAAGAGACUUCUCCAGUGAGCUCCUAGUUACCCUUCAGGGUGUUCUGUACAGGCUGGAGAAUGUUGACCUCUUGUGGAGCCGCUCUCAGGUAGAGGAGAUUCUCACCACAGUGCUGAGUGCCUUGGAUGAGCCCCCAGCCAGAGCUCUGGGGGCUCCUUCUUGGCAGGGCUGCUUGUCCUGCUGCCUCAGGCUGCACGAGAGGCUCUGCAGGGCUGCCAGGGCUGUGAGCUUGUUCCUGAUCCCGGCCACUGCUGCCACCCUGAUUGCCAAGGUUGCCCAGCUUCAGCCCCCAGCUGUUCCAGGGGAUGCUGUGCAGGAAGUGCCAAGGCUGCUCAGUGGAGCUCUGAGGGAAGCUCGUGCCUGGUUCAGAAACGUUUUAAAGGAGAAGUUACUGAAGGAGUACCUGGACCACGUGGCCUUCUCUUUGUUCUUUGAACUUCGGGCUUGGAAUAAGUUUGUGACUAUCAGCUUUCCAGAUGAGCAGUUCACCCAGACCUGGAGGAACACUUUACUUGCAGAUCUGAAGAAAAGAAUCCAGCAGGAGCCUCCAGUGAACCAAAUCUUGGUGUAUUGCUGUCAGCAUCUCCAAAUCACACAGAUGGACACCUCCAUCAGCUGGUGCUUCCACAACUGUGCUGUAGAGGCUGUGCCUGCAGCUUGCCAGAUGCAGAGCAAUCUCCUGGAGCAGAUCUCUGCCUACAACAUGGGCCAGUUCAGCCAGCUCGUGUCUGCUGUCAUUGUCAAGUCGUGGCCAGUCAGGCCUGGGCAGUCUGAGGGUGAUUUUGAUACGAUUCUGCACCACCUGCUCACGUGGCCUGACAUCAAACAUACCUUCAGCUUUAAUGAGCACCAGCAACGACCGAGUGAGGAAAAGGAGCUGCUCCAGAGAAGCCUGAAAGAGCUGCUGGCAUUGAGGCAUGAAGAAGUCACACAGCUCAGAAGAGAGGAAAAAGCAGUAGGAACCUUCCUGAGCAUGUGCAGGAAGGUGCAGAAGUCUGUGAGAGUGAAUGUUGGUGAGGUGGCAUUUCAACACUCAAAAGAUCUUCGCUUCAAAAGACUGAAUCAAGUUGUGCUGCUGGGAAGGAGGCCCCUGCAGGCCUUCUACAGCCUGAGCCCUGAGCUGAAAGAGUUUGUCCACAAAAUGCACUCUUUCAAGGACAGCCUGAUCUUCCAGCAGUUCUGGGAGGAAGCAGCACAGAAGGCAGGAGAGGAGUAUGUGUGUGACAGUCCAGAGGAGGAUGAGGAUGAGGAUGAGGACGAGGAGGAGAUUGCUCCUGAGCUGGACCUUGAUGAGGUUUUGAACAGCGUGAUCCGCCCUUGCUUUGACAGCUAUGCCAUGCUGUAUGAUGAUCUCAGAUCAGGAAGUCUCACGCUUUCUGCCGUGGAUAGAACUUUUCAGGAAUUCACAAAUCAUCCUGAGGAUCUCAGGGUGGAGCUGAACACCAUCUGUGGCCUUCAGCCUGCAGAGGACAGAGGCUGGGUUGACCUGCGAGUGCAGCAGAUCCAGCAGUACCAUGAAAUGCAUUUAACCUUGGAUGCUGCCAAGAUCAUUGCCCAUGUCAAAGAGAGUUUGGGCCUCUCUGGUGACUUCAGUAUCCUGGAAAACUUGUUGCAUAUAACAGAAAAGCUUGAAUCCUACAAGACCCAGAAGCUGGAUUCCAUCAGCCCUGAGCUCGUGCAAGCCAAGAAGCUGCUGCAGGGGAUCACUGUGCCCCGCCGUGGCUGUCUGAGGGAGCUGGCCCAGCAGAAGGAGUUUGUCUGCUGGGUCAGAGAGGCACUGAAAGGGAAAUCUCUGUAUGUGAAGAGGCUGCAUGAGAGACUGCAAGAAGAGCAGCCUGACUGCACAGAACUUCUGAAAACCAUCAGACUGAUUGAACCAGAAGUGGAUGAAGAUAAAGUGCUAAAAUCUCUCCUGCCUUUUCUGAAGAAAGAACACCAGACAAAACCCAUGAUAUUCCAUUUUGAUAUCACCUCCUCAGUGCAGCGUGGCAUUCCAGAGUUCCUCUUCAAGCUGUUGGUUCUGCAGUACCUGACAGAUAAUAAUGGCAAUAUGUGGCUAAGGCAGAAGUGUCACCUGUACAUCAUUGAAAUCCUGGAGGGGUCCCCAGUGCCAAAGGCAGCAGCCAGACCUAUGUCAGUGAACCAGAAGUAUCACUUCUUGGAUGUGUUCCCUAAAAUAACAUGCAAGUCUCCCAAAGAAGUGCUAGAAAUGGAGACACUUGGGAACCAUGCCGGGCAUGUGGGAAUGGACGAGGAGGAGUUUUGCAGUGAGGCUUUCCAGAGACCCUUCCAGUACCUGAAGAGGUUUGACCAGGGCUGUAACCUGGACAGGUUCUGCUACGAGGCGCUCUCGGUGGAAGGCAGCCCUGCAGAAUGCCUGCAGCUCUUCCUGCUGCACUGCGGGGUCGUGGAUCCCUCCUGGGCAGAGCUCCGCAACUUCACCUGGUUCCUCAACGUGCAGCUGAGGGACUGCGAGGCCUCUGUCUUCUGCAACCCUGACUUUGUCGGGGACACUCUGAAUGGCUUCAAGAACUUUGUGGUUGGCUUCAUGAUUCUAAUGGCGCGGGACUUUGCGACGCCCUCCCUGAGCAUUUCCGACCAGAGCUCGGGAAGACGAUCCUCCCACCUGGAGAACGUUCCGGAGGAAGAUCUGCUUCCUUUCCGCAUCAGGAAGAAGUGGGAGUCAGAGCCUCAUCCCUACCUGUUUUUCAAUGAGGAUCGUGUGUCCAUGACAUUCAUUGGUUUCCACUUCCAGCAGACCAGCAAUCGCAUUGAUGCCAUCAAUCCUCUCAACGGGACUGUCAUCAAGAAGGACAUCAUGACUGCCCAGCUCUACCAGGGCUUGUUAAUGCAGAGGGUUCCCUUCAACGUGCCCUUCGAUCAGCUGCCCCGCAACGAGAAGCUCGAGAGGCUCUGCAUGGUGCUGGGGCUCCCCUGGGUGUUUGACCCUGAUGAGACCUACGAGCUCACCAUGGACAACAUGCUGAAAAUCCUGGCCAUCGAGAUGCGAUUCCGCUGCAACAUCCCCGUGGUCAUCAUGGGAGAAACGGGCUGUGGGAAAACCAGGCUGGUGAAGUUCCUGUGCCAGUUACGCAGGAGCUUCGUCGAGGUGGAGAACAUGAAGCUCGUCAAGGUUCACGGAGGUACCACUGCGGAGAUGAUCUACGCCAGGAUCAGGGAAGCAGAAGCCCUGGCCAUAUCCAACAAGGAGCAGCACGGCUUGGACACCGUGCUCUUUUUUGACGAAGCCAACACGACGGAGGCCGUGAGCAGCAUCAAGGAGGUUCUGUGUGACCGCACGGUGCAGGGGCAGCCCCUGGCCCCUGGCUCUGGCCUGAGGAUCAUCGCAGCCUGCAAUCCCUACCGGAAGCACACGGACAGGAUGAUCCAGCGCCUGGAGCUGGCUGGGCUGGGCUACCGGGUGAAGGCUGACGACACCCGGGAGAAGCUGGGCUCCAUCCCGCUGCGGCAGCUCGUGUACCGCGUGCACGCGCUCCCGCCCAGCAUGAUCCCGCUGGUCUGGGACUUCGGGCAGCUCAACAACUGCACCGAGAAGAUGUACAUCCAGCAGAUCGUGCAGCGCGUGGCCGAGCAGCUGCUGCUCGUGACCAAGGACGACGUGAGCACGGUCACAGAGGUGCUCUUUGCCUCCCAGCAGUACAUGAGGCAGAGGGACGACGAGUGCAGCUUCGUCAGCCUGCGGGACGUGGAGCGCUGCAUGGAGGUGUUCAAGUGGUUUUACAGGCACAGCCCCAUGCUGCUGAGGGAGCUGGAGAAGUACCUGGCUGAGAGGAAAGUCCCCAAGGGCAGCGGUGAUAGAAAUGGUGUCAUCUGGUCCUUGGUGCUGGCGGUCGGGGUCUGUUAUCACGCGUCCCUGGAAGAGAAGGAACCAUACAGGACUGCCAUCAGCCAGGUCCUCCCAAAGCCUUAUGAUACCCAGAAAAAGAUUUUGGAAGAAAUCACUCUGAUGCAGGACUUAUUCCUGAGUGGGGUACCGCUCCGGGAUACCAUAGCAAGGAACCUGGCCUUGAAGGAAAAUGUCUUCAUGAUGGUCAUCUGUAUUGAGCUAAAAAUCCCCCUUUUUCUGGUGGGGAAGCCUGGGAGCUCCAAAUCCCUGGCAAAAACCAUUGUGGCCGAUGCUAUGCAGGGCCAAGCAGCUCAUUCUGAUCUGUUCAAGGACCUGAAGCAGAUCCAUCUCGUGUCAUUUCAGUGCAGCCCCCUCUCCACUCCAGAGGGCAUCAUAGGCACUUUCAAGCACUGUGCUCGAUUCCAGGAAGGGAAGAACUUGGAGGAGUAUGUGUCAGUGGUGGUUCUGGAUGAGAUUGGGCUGGCAGAAGACUCUCCCAAAAUGCCCCUGAAGACUUUGCAUCCACUUUUGGAGGAUGGCUGCAUAGAUGAUGUCCCUCUUCCUCACAAAAAAGUUGGCUUCAUUGGGAUUUCCAACUGGGCUUUGGACCCUGCUAAGAUGAAUCGAGGCAUCUUUGUGUCUCGUGGUGACCCCAGCAGAGAGGAGCUCAUCGAGAGCGCGAAGGGCAUUUGCUGCUCGGCACGAGGGGCUCUGCAGAAGGUCGAGCAGUAUUUCCAUCACUUUGCAGAUGCAUAUGAAAACAUUUGCAAGGCCCAAGACAGGGAGUUCUUUGGCCUGCGUGACUACUACAGCCUCAUAAAGAUGUUUUUUGCCCUAGCCAAGAGCUCCAAAAGCGAGCCCACACCUCAGGACAUCGCCGCAGUGGUUCUUCGUAACUUCGGUGGCAAAGAUGACGUCAAUGCCUUGGAAAUAUUCACUUCCAAGUUGCUAGAGAAAGGGGAGAUACGCGCUCAUGAUAUCAGUAGGAUAGAGCUGAUCCGACAGAACAUUUACAGCAGUGCUGAGGAUGGGGACUGCAGGUACCUGCUGGUGUUGACUGAGAACUACGCUGCGCUGCAGAUCCUCCAGCAGGCGUUUUUCACCGCCCGCCAGCAGCCAGAAAUCAUCUUUGGCUCCAGUUUUCCUAAGGACCAAGAAUACACCCAGAUAUGCAGGAACAUCAACCGAGUGAAGGUGUGCAUGGAAACCGGCAAGAUGGUUGUGCUCCUCAACCUGCAGAACCUCUACGAGAGCCUCUACGACGCCCUCAACCAGUACUACGUGUACCUGGCCGGGCAGAAGUACGUGGACCUGGGGCUGGGCACGCACCGGGUGAAGUGCCGGGUGCACCCNUGUAGCUUCAAUGAAGUGAAAGAUGAUGUGCAGCGUUACCUGUCCCAGGUGGAGCACAGCAAGCUCCUAGAGAAAAAUGAUAAAAAAGAGCUCUACUUGCUUUUUGUCAACUGCUUGGAGGAUUCCAUGUGUGAGAAGUUAGAGGACAGCCUGGGAUGUGGGCAUGGAAACAGUCUGCCUGAGGACAGAACCUUUCCAGAGAACUACCUGCCAGCCAGCAGCAGAGAGGCUCCCCAGGAAGCCUCUGUGGAAUACCUGCAGGCCGUGGCUGAGGUGCGCCUGUGCCUGAGCAGGGCUGCAGAGCUCAUCUUUGACCUGCAGCAGCACACGGAGCCAGAGCAGAUGAAGGAGAUGCAGCGUUACCUGAAGAACGUGGAGGAGUUCUGCAACCUUGCCAGGAAUGACUGGCACCGUGUGUACCUGGUCCAGCACAGCCAGUACAACCACAUGGACCGGUAUCUGGUGUAUGGGGAGCGGUACUGGGCCCUGCGCGACGCCGUGGGACGAGCCAUGAUGGAGGGCACGGCCCAGGGGCUGCUCGAGGCCCAGGAGGCCUCCAGCAGCCCCCCAGCUCUGGAAUCUGCCCACCUGCUCCUGGCCAUCUUCCGAGAGGUCACUGCUCUGUAUGGGAAUCCAAGCCUUCAUCCCAAGCAGCAGCAAACAGAGGUGAUGACUAGAUUCAUCCAGUGCUCCCGAGUGCUGAAUUCCCCUGAGCUGAAGCUCCUUGCAGUUGCCCUGGUGAAGAACACCCUGCCUGGGCUGGUUGUGGAGCCACAGGGCCACAGCCAGCAGGGAGCCCUGGUGGAGAUGGCUGUGCACAUGGCUGCUGUGUUGCUCUGCGGGCACAGCCUUGUCCUGCAGCCCCUCAGGAACCUGGCCUUCCAGCCUCAAAACAUGCAGCAGCCCAGCAGCAGCCCUGCAAGCACAGGUGCUGCAUUGCUGCCCCUCUGUCCCCAGGUCACCACCUUCUCCCGGCUGCUCACCAGUGCCGACGUUGCCUGCCUGGAGAGGGAGGUGCAGGGCAAGGCCCAGAGGCCCCAGCUGCUGUUCCUGCAGCAGUUUGACACCGAGUUCUCCUUCCUGAAGGGCAUCCGGGAUUUCCUGGAUUCCACUACAGGAAAUAAAGUCCUCAUUAUUCAGACAGACUUUGAAGAUGGCUCUCAGAAUGCCCAGCUCAUUGCCUCAGCCAAGUACACCGUGGUCAAUGAGAUCAACAAGGUGGACCUGGGGCAGGCCUCUGUCUUUGUUUACUUCAUCAUGAAGCUCUCCCGGCUGAAAGGAGGCACCUCCUACGUGGGAUUCCAUGGAGGGCUGUGGCAGUCAGUGCACAUCGACGACCUCCGCAGAUCCAAGUACAUGAUCUCUGACUUGACAGCCCUGCAGAACCUCACCAUCAGCCAGGUGUUCUCCCAGGAGCCAGCUGCAGCCAGAGCUGCAGCUCUGCCUGCCAGUGGAGAAGCUCAGCAGGAGGAGGUGGAGGUUGGAACACCAGUGCCAGGAGCAGAGCACCAGGAGGGGGAGAUCCUGGACACCACGGUGCUGCUGAGGACCUGUGUGCAGAGUGCUGUGGGCAUGCUGAGGGACCAGAACGAGGACCUGAGCCGCAGCAGGAGGAGGAUUGAGAUUCUGCUUGGCCUCUUCUCCACAGAGGAUGAGCUGAAAGCCUCUUUCUUGAAGAUAACCAAGGCUCGUCUCUCCAGCCUGUUGAAGAAGCAAGAAGAAAAUUCCCUUCACCCAAAGAACUGGGUGCUUCGGGAGGCCUCCAACCUCAGUGCUCUGCAGGAGGCAGGUACCUUCAGGUGAGCCCUGCCUUGUCACCUGCACAGGGCACUGCUCACAGUUCAGCCUGCUCUCCUCAGAGUCCUGCAGUUCCCUCCUCUUCUCUGUCCCCAUCCCUCCUAGGGCUCAGUUGCUUUCUGCAGUCUCUGCUUUCCCAAAGAAAAGCCCUGUGCAUUAAUGACCUUUUAACCCCCCAGCCCUCAGCCAGAGAUAAUCCUGGUGCAGAACAACAUGAUGGUAUCUGCUGAUGCUGGGAAUGAGAUGCCCUUCAGCUGGAGGAUAAAGGAGUACCUGGAAGAGAUGUGGUUGGAGGCUCAGUACAUCCAAAACACUGAAGGCCAUGCUGAGAAAUUUGUGGAAUACUUCCAGAAAACUGCCCUGGGAAAAUUCAUCUCUUCUCUGACUGAGGGAGAAAGGCAGAUGCUCUUUGAGUGCUACAUCACAGACUUUAUUGUCUUGACCAUCGGUGUGUCCUCCCAGGAGGAGCUGCAGUGUCUGCGCGUGGCGUUCCUGUCCUGCGUGGAGCAGUGGGUGGCAGAGUCCCCCUGGAGGAAGGAGCUGGUGCCCUCGCUGCCCUGGGCCCACCUGGCACACAGCCGCUUCAGGAGCCGCCUGCAGAACUUCUCCAGGAUCCUGGCUGUGUACCCACGGGUGACUGGGCACCUCCUGGGCCAGCAGGGGUACAGGAUUCCCUGCUCUGAGAUGGUUCUGGACGUGCUGGCUGCCAUGGGCUGUGCUGAGGAGCUGGAGAAGCUGGUUCAGACAGCCCCCCCUGAGCUCUGGCUGCAGAGGGUGAAGAACCUCCACAUGCCCAUUGAGUUCCUGUGCAAAGAGGAGAGUGCCCAGCGCAGGGGCAGCCGCUGCCACCAGCUGCUCAGGGAGCUCAGGGCCUGCUGGAGCCGUGUGUUUGCCAUGGCACUCUUUGUGGAGCACGUCCUGCUGGGCAUCCGCGCCCUCAUGCCCGAAUUCGAGGGCUUGGUGAGGAAAUACACCCUGCUUCUUGCCAAGUGUUUCCAGCACGAUUCAGACAUGAAGUGCCAUCCAACCUUUGUUGCAGUGCUGACAGUGCUGUGCCAGUGCAAGAACGAGGUCAGCAGCAGGCUCUACAGGCAUGGUCUGGAGCCGUGUCCCAUCUGCCUGGGAGAGCCCAAGGAGCCCGUGUGCAUGCCCUGCAACCACGUGUUCUGCCACAAGUGCAUCAGCCAGUGGCUGGUGCCAGCACAGAUGUACUGCCCCUACUGCAGGGCUGCCCUGCAGGACGUGCAAUUAACUGUCUCUGAGGAGCUCAGAGCUGCCAUAGCAAAGAAGGCCCUGUUCCGCCAGAGGUGCAACAACUUCUUCAUUGACAUGGUCACCACCAUGUGCUUCAAGGACAACGAGCCCCCUGAGCCAGAGGUGAUCCAGAGGCUCCUGGACCUGCUCUUUGUUCACAGAAGCCUCGUGAAGGACCCAGCUCACCCAGCUGUCUACACCAAAUUCCUGUCCCCGUUUAAUGAUGAGGUGGAUGAGACUCCCAUCAUCCGCUCUGUGAUGCUGAAGCUGCUCCUGAAGUACAGCUUCAAUGAAGUCAAAGAUGAUGUGCAGCGCUACCUGUCCCAGGUGGAGCACAACGAGCUCCUAGAGAAAAAUGACAAAAAAGAGCUCUACCUGCUUUUUGUCAACUGCUUGGAGGAUUCCAUGUGUGAGAAGUCGGAGGACAGCCUGGGAUGUGGGCCCGGGAGCAGUGUGCCUGAGGACAGAGCCUUUCCAGAGCACUACCUGCCCUGCAGCAGCAGAGGGGCUCCCCAGGAAGCCUCUGUGCAGUACCUGCAGGCCGUGGCCGAGGUGCGCCUGUGCCUGGCCAGGGCUGCAGAGCUCAUCUUCCACCUGCAGCAGCACACACAGCCAGAGCAGAUGAGGGAGGAGCAGCAUUUCCUGGAGAGUGUGAAGGAGUUCUGCAGCCGUGCCAGGAACGACUGGCACCGUGUGUACCUGGUCAGGAGGAUUGCCAGCCAGCACGGCAUGGAGUUUGCCCAGAAGCUGGUCACAGAGCCACGCUUCAGCUGGGUGUUCCCAGCAGAAAUCCUGCAGCAGAAUGUCCCAAUGGCCACUUCUCCACUGUGGGAGAGUGUGGGCUCCCCAUGGAAACGAGCCGCUGUCCCGACUGCCACGUCCCCAUUGGAGGCACCAACCACAAACCCGUGCAGGGCUUCCAGCAGUCCAGGAUCCGUGAGGACAGGACUCAGCCUGGGCACAUCCUCGGAGAUGUGGAGCACAGGAGGACACUGGGGAUGUCUGACAGGGGCGUGUCCCCCGUGGUCUUUGUGCUGCUCCGUUUGCUCACCCACCUGUCCAUGCUGCUGGGAGCCUCCAGAGACCCUCAGUCCCUGGGAAGGAUGAUCAAGCCAGCAGUGGAGGAUGUGAUGAGCUUCCUGCAGCAGCACGUUCAGGAGGACCUGGCACAGCUGACCAGGAUUUUGGGGAAGAGUGUGGAUGACACCAUCAACAUCGUGCACCUGGUGCUCAGCAGCCUCCUGCAGGCCCCCCAGCAGCAGCCAGGCCAGUGGCUGGUGCAGUUUGAUGAGUUUCUGUCCACCAAGGGGAAGAGAAACAAAUGGGAAGAAAUUGUUGCAGACACAAUUAUUGUUCCUGAAUUGGAGGAUUUGGAUAAAAAGCUUCUCAAGUUGAACCGCCGGAUCCAAGAGGAUGAGAGAAUCUCCUCCAACCCCAUAGUGAAGCUGGUGUAUGGGGACCCAGCUGCCUUCCUGUCCCAGCUGCCAGGGGACAGCCACGUGCACCACUCCAGGAUGUGGAGCUGCCGCAGGAGGGUUUCUGUGGAGAACCUGGGCCACGUUGUGCAGCAGAAGAACGCCAAGGACACCGUCCCUCUCCUCUGCAAGUUCCUGCAGAAGGAAAACGAGCUGAGGCUGGUGAAAUUCCUACCAGAGAUUCUGGCUCUGCAGAGAGAUUUGGUGAGGCAAUUCCAGAACACAGCAGAGAUCAAACACUGCUCCAUCAGGGAAUUCCUCAGGGAGCCCCACUCAGAUGUGAUGAGGGACCUGUUGGAGAGGAGAGUGAAUGUGUUUCUGUCUGUCUGGAACAAGCUGAGAAGCUCCCUGGACACCAAUGGGGAAAUCAAGCUGCCCAAAGGCUACUGUGAUGCUGAGCUGAGCCUGGACAGCAGGCUGGAGGUGCUGCUGCCACGGCGCCAGGGGCUGGGGCUGUGCUCCACGGCGCUGGCCAGUUACCUGAUCGGGCUGCACAACGACCUGGUGCACUCUGUGCACAGGCACACCAAGGAGGAUGACAGGUACCUCAUCAGCCCCUCGGAGGUGGCCGACCUGCACCUGAUCAGCUACGAGGUGGAGAGGGACCUGAUCCCUCUGAUCCUGUCCAACUGCCAGUACAGCAUGGAGAAGGGAGGGGAGACCUUGCAGGACUUUGAUCUGGAGAGGAUCCAGCAGCAAGUGAUCAGCAAGUUCCUGCAGGGGAAGCCGCUGAUCACGCUGACGGGAAUCCCCACCCUGGUGCACAGACACGACCGCAACUACGAGCAGCUGUUCAGUGAUGUCAGGAACAAGCUGGAGCAGAGUGCCCUGCCCAGUUCUGUGAUGAACAUGAUCAGUGGGGAGCUGCAGUCCUACAGUGAUGUGUGUGAUGCCCUGUCCCUCACUGAGAUCACCCUGGGCUUCCUGGCCAUGGCUGGUGAGAACGCUGACAUGCUGCUGACCGAGUACAUUGAGCAGGUUCUGCAGAUGGGGGAUCAGACAAACCCUCACGUGCUGCAGGCCCUGAGACGGUGCCAGCUCAGGCACAGCAUGGCCCUGUGGCAGCUCCUGUGUGCCCACAAAUCCGAGCAGCUGCUGCACCUCGGCAGGGAUCCUUUUGCAGAUGUCAGUCCAGACUACAAAGAAGAGCUCACCCCAGAGCUUGCCAAGCUCCUGCACACCUUCCUGGUGCACUGCAGGCUGGAAACCUUCCUGCAGGAGCUCCAUGAAAUGAUCACCCUGAAGCUGAGACGUGCCCAAGCUGUGCAGGAAUUCAAACCCACAUGGAGCCUGAAGGAAUCACUCUUGCCUUACCUUGAUGACAAAGACUCUGACUUAGCUCUGGAGCUGGAAGACACAUUCCCAGAUGAGAUUCUCCUGUCUCAUGCUGCUGGUACCUGGAAAGCAGCUGCUGCCUUCAAGAGGGAGCACAGGGACAGUUAGGACAGAGCCCUGCCAGGGACUGCCACAACACCGUGUCAGGGCUUCUGCCACUCUGGGCAUUUGUGUGGGGCUUGUUGGUUGUUCUUUGGGUUUGGGGUUGUUGUUUUUACACCUGAUGCGAAGAGUGGCCGUGGAGGAGGGUGAAAUUGACCCAGCAGCUCGGUGUGAACCCUGGAUCGCCACAGCUCCAGAGCCACUGGAGGAACAUGAAGGAUUUUUUUUACAAGCCAUGGUGCCGUCGUGCCGGGGCAGGGUUGGCGUUUUCCUGCCUGCCUUUCUGCGCUGGCUGCAGAAGCGG